UUUCAUUAAUUCACCAACUAUAAAAUUUUAUAGACCUCUGAAAAAAAAGUGACGAAUAACAGGUGAAUCUUAUGAUUUACUAAAAAUUUGAUUCCAGAGAAAAGUCCCUCAAAAUGUUGUUAAUAUUAAGUGGAAUACUGUCUCUUAUUAUGGCAUUUGUAAAUCCUUCAUUGAACACUAGAGCUCCUGAUAGUCAUUGUGUCAUCAGAAAUACUCAUAUUGAUCCCAAUCUUACGCGUGAUCAAAAAGAUAUUUGCAAUCAAACUGAACCGAAUUCAUUUAAAUGUAUCGAAGAAGUGGGAUUAGGAAAAUUAUGUGAACUGGACGAAGAUUGUGAUGAAAUAUUGCAUUCAAAAUGUUCAAAAGAAAAAACGUGUAUAUGUAGAACCAAUAAUAUUGAAGUAAAUGAAACGACCUGCGCACCAGUAUUAGGUGGAUUCUGUUGGAAAAAUGAAUUAUGUGCGACCGAUAACGCUGUUUGUAUUGACAAUGAAUGUCAAUGUAACGUCAGUAAUUAUCGAAGAUUUAACGACCAAUGCAUAUUCACCCAUUUUUUGGACAUGCCCUGUUCAACGGAUAAUGAAUGCAGUCAAGGGAUACCACAUUCUAUUUGCGUUCGGAAUCAAUGCACUUGUGAUAAAGAUUAUUUUGAAAAAAAUCGAACAACGUGUGAAUCUUUUCCUAAGAUUCCCUGUUCAAGUAAAUUUCCAUGUACAAUGGAUCAUUCUCUGUGUAUGAAUAAUUUAUGCCAAUGUGAACCUAGGUUUGUGUACAGCUCUUCUAAAUGUAUUCCUCUUUAUCUUAAUGGAUCUUGCAAAAAUAAUAAUGAUUGCGAUCAGAUCCAAAAUUCUAGAUGUUCUGCUGAUAAUAUAUGUGUUUGUAAUAAGAAUCAUACUCAAUUCAACGAAAGAGUCUGUAGACCUGUGCUGAAGGAAUAUUGUCUUGAAGAUAAUGAAUGCCUAGCUGUUAAUUCCACUUGCAUUAUGAAUGAGUGUCAAUGCAGACCACAUUUUGUGAGGCGGUUGAAAAAUUUAUGUGAACUACCUCAAUUAGGUAUGGACUGUAAAGAUAGUAAUGAUUGUAUUGAUAUACAAUAUAGUGAAUGCUCUGUGAACAAAAAGUGUGAAUGCAUGUCAAGCUAUGCAGAAUAUAAUAUUAAAGCAUGUAGGCCACUACUAGGCAGUUAUUGUUCAGAAAAUCGACAAUGUGCAACUCUUAAUUCGAUUUGUUCAAAUAAUAUAUGUGUGUGCGGCGAUGGUCUUAUAGAGUAUUCUAACAACAAAUGUACAUCACAUUUUAUCGGAAGGUACUACAUGAUAGAUGAAGAUUGCGAAGAAAUACUGGAUUCGAAAUGCGUAAACAAUGACUGUACCUGUAAAGACAACUAUGAUAUGGUGAAUAUAACGGCUUGUGCACCACUUUUAGGUGAAUAUUGUAAAAACAAUCAACAAUGUGCGCCCGCCAAUUCAAUAUGCAAUAAUAAUGAAUGUCAAUGCGAUUCUGACUACGUACGUCGAUUUAAUAAUAAAUGCAUACCGAAAGCAGGACAUUUUAAAAUAUCAUGUUACAAAGAUGAUGAUUGUGUAGGCAUUAAAUAUGCAAAAUGUUCCACAUAUCAUAAAUGUGUUUGUCAACCAAGUUAUGUUGCUCUCGGUGAUGAUAAAUGUAUAGCGCUUAUAGGUGAAUAUUGUGACUCAGACGAUGAAUGUAUUUCAUAUCAUACUGUUUGUAUCCUUAAUAAAUGCCAAUGUGCAAAGAAGUUUGUUAUGAGAACCAAAUAUCAAUGUGACCAUAUUUCGCUUGGUAGAACAUGUCACAAGGAUGAUUGUGACGUGGGCAUAAAAAAUUCCGUUUGUUCAAUCGAUAAUACCUGUGUUUGUCGAGAGAAUUACUAUGCAUUGAACAGAUUUGAAUGUGUCCCUUUUUUAGAUGGAUAUUGUUUGAACAAUGAUGAAUGUCGCUUCAAUUCUUCUGUCUGUGUUGAAAAUAAAUGUCAAUGUAAACAUAACUUUCAGUCUGUAUCAGCAAGUCAAUGCAAACCAAUUGAUUACUUGUAUGUAUGCAAUGAAGAUUUAGAUUGCGGUGAUCCAUGGCAUAAUAAAUGUUCAGACAAGAAAUGUCGAUGCGAUUCAAACAAUAUUUUAAUUAAUAGAUCAACAUGUUUGCCACUUCUAAAAGGUUAUUGCUGGAGGGAUAGCCAAUGCUUCGUUCCCAAUUCAACUUGUAUUGAUUAUCACUGUAAAUGCAAACAGAAUUUCAUGGCUGUAUCCGGUAAUCUAUGCUUACCAGUGUAAAGUAGGACCCUAUCGACAAGUUUAUUCUUAUCAUCACUAUGGCUUUUCCCAUGGACCACGAACCAGCUGCUGAUAAAUAUAAUCACUGAUUUAUCAUUUUAACAUUUACAUUAUAAUUUGUAAACGGUUUUAAAAAAAGAUCGAAAAAACCUAAAAAAUUCCCUUAUUUAUUUAUAAUGACAAGACUGAAUUUUUUAAGGUCAAAAGAUUAGUCUUGUUGCUACAAGGGGAUUUUUUACCUCUGCAAAACUUCUAGUUCUGCUGAAACUCCCAAUAAUACGAAUGGAAUACCCACAGAACCGAAUUCUGUUGCAACAACGUCCGCUUAAACACUUGGCCAAUUCGAACUGUGUAAUAAUUAAUAUUGUGUAGUGAUAGGUCCCUUAUCAUACUCCAGAAUUUCCUAUAUAUGUAUAUAUAUUUUGUCAAAAUGAAAUUUUUGUUUUGAUUUGAGAGACUAAUAAACGU